AUGGCCUUCGCGAGUCCUUCCGAUUGCAUGAUGUCUUUGGAACAGUUCCAGGAGCUGGGCGAAUACUUGGGUUUUGCCUUGAGCUACAACUGUGCCAAGAGCCUUUUCGAGCAAAAGCUCCGCGACUGGGAGUCCUAUGCCUUCACCCUGGAGGACUUUCAGGACGCCUGCAUUGUGGCCCAACUGGAUCGAAUGCGCGCCCGACUGAAGAGUCACCGGCAAAACAUGUUGGCGUGCGCCUUCCACAUCGACUCCUUCAUCAGGCAUUUGUCUCUCUACUCCGGCGAAGUCCAACGGCGCAGGGCUGUGGGCCGAUUCCAGCAGAAGAUUACCACCAAGUUCUGUGUCCCUCGUGGCCGAAGGGAGCAGCGGAGCGCAGCGCGCUCCGCGCGAGGCGUCGAGCUGGACGGCGAGAGGUCUAACACCAAUGGGGUUCCGUUCACCACUUUCAGUUUCAGCAGUUGCGGGGGGAAGCAAGUCUUGCCUAUAGUGGAUCUAGGUCUAGACCUAAUUUUUAGCUGCUUGGUAGCUGACAUUUGA